AUGCAAGGUGGUUUUGUAGGUACUGGUCGUGGAGGUGGAGGAGGAAGUGGUGGGUCUAUGUGUAUGUCGUCGGUGUCAAGGGAAGAUAACGUGGUGAUGUCAUCGGAGGACUCAUCAAGCCCAGAUGAGGGGGAACUUGAACUGGGUCUUGGCUUGAGUAUUGGUGGUGGUGGUGGUUUUAAGUGUUCUGGUCAACGUACUAUUCAAAAAUAUGCAAGGUUUUUUACUGCUAAGGAUUUGCCUUCCAAGGUUUCUGCUUCUUCUUCUACUUCAACGACAUCGUCUUCUUCUUCUACCUUGAGUAGGGCUAACGGUACUGGCACUGCUGGGACUAAGAGGACUGCUGAUUCUGUUUCUGCUUCUAAUGGUGCUGCCAGUCCAGUUGUUGGGUGGCCUCCAAUAAGAGCUCAUAGAAUGCACAUCAUGGUUAACCAGGCAAAGUCACUGGCUACUGAAGAGUUUAACUCAAUGAAUGAGAAAAAUAAAAGCAAUAAUGCUAUAGUAGGGAAGACGGGCAAUGAAAACAUGAAUAUUGGCAAUACCAAGGCUAGGACUUGCCUCUUUGUCAAGGUGAAUAUGGAUGGAAUUCAAAUAGGUAGAAAGGUUGAUCUGCAUUCUCAUGGGUGUUAUGAGACACUAGCUCAAGCCUUGGAAGAUAUGUUUCUAAGAGCUACCGCAGCUAUCAAUACAACAAGAUUGAGCGCACCUGAGCAUAAAAUAAUGGUAGAUGCAAAAAGACACUCAAAAUUGCUGGAUGGGUCAUCAGAGUUUGUGCUCACUUAUGAGGACAAGGACGGGGAUUGGAUGCUUGUUGGAGAUGUUCCUUGGGGGAUGUUUAUUAGCUCUGUGAAGAGGCUCAGAAUCAUGAGGACAUCUGAGGCAACUGGACUUGGUAAAUUAAUGCGAAUCAACAUUAUGAUUCACCUCUAG